CCACAUCAUCUUUGUCGAGGUAAAGCAAUAUCCAACAGCUAAAGUGUUCAUUUCGAGCUCGUAUAUUACUCGUAUUAUUCUGCCAACUAAUUCCAACGAUAUGGGAAAUCAUCAUGGUGAGGGAGAUCACAACAAGGAAGAAAAGGAAACAAAAGAUGGUGGUAUGUUCGAUUUCAUGAAACAGAAAGAUGAACAAGACGAUGGAAAGAAAGAAGAGAAGCCAAGUCUUAUGGGAAAAGUACUCCAUCGUUCAAACAGCAACUCUAGCUCAUCUAGUGAUGAAGAAGAGAUAGGUGAAGAUGGUGUGAAGAGAAAGAAGAAGAAAGGGUUGAAGGAGAAAAUCAAAGAAAAGAUUGCUGGCCACAAAGAUGCAACGGAGCAUAAAGAUGCAUCGGUAUCAACCGAGAACCCAAAGGAAAAGAAAGGGUUUUUGGAGAAGAUAAAAGAGAAACUCCCUGUCCCUGGUCAGAAUAAGAAAGCCGAAGAAGACGGUGCCCAUUCUUCUGAAGGUGAGCCGAAGGAGAUAGGGAUCUUGGAGAAAAUCAAGGAGAAGAUUCCAGGGUGCCAUGGAAACAAGACUGAAGAAGAUCAUAAGGCUACCAAAAAUUGAAGUUAAAAACUUCACAAAUAAACUUGCAUGAGUGCUACCUGCAA